AUGACAGGCUCCCAGCACAGCCCCAGUCCGCCCCCGGAUGCAAUCGAGAAGACUGGGUACACAGAACAACCCCAGGCGGUAUCUUCUCUCACUAGUGGCCAUACCCACGGCGUCCACCAUGAGGAGAGCAGUCACCUACACCGAGGCCUUAAGGCCCGUCACAUCACGAUGAUAGCAAUCGGCGGUGCUAUUGGCACUGGGUUGGUUAUUGGGACAGGACAGGCUCUGGCACGAGCAGGACCGGGCUCUAUCUUCAUCUCAUAUACAGUCGUCGGCUUUCUCGUCUAUCUGGUCAUGUGCGCUCUGGGUGAAAUGGCCGCUUGGUUGCCACUGUCCUCUGGAUUUACCGGAUAUGCGGUGCGGUUCUGCGACCCUGCGCUUGGAUUUGCACUCGGGUACACAUACUGGUUCAAGUACAUCAUCGUCACGCCCAACCAGCUCACGGCAGGUGCAUUGAUCAUCCAGUACUGGGUCGACCGGGAUAGGAUCAACCCUGGGGUGUUCAUCGCCGUGUUCUGGGUGGCCAUCGUCUGCAUCAACUACUUCGGGAUCCGUUUCUUUGGCGAGUUCGAGUUCUGGCUUUCCACCAUCAAGGUCAUUGUGGUAGUUGGCAUCAUCAUCCUAUCGCUCGUCCUCGCUCUCGGAGGAGGCCCGGACCACGAUCGUAAAGGAUUCCGCUACUGGAGGGACCCCGGAGCAUUUGCCGAAUACAUUGACGACGGCGCGACCGGGCGUUUCCUUGCAUUUUGGUCGACCAUGGUGACUGCGACGUUUGCGUAUCUGGGCACCGAACUCGUCGGCGUGACGGUGGGCGAGGCGCAGAACCCACGCAAAACCAUCCCGCGCGCCAUCAAGCUCACCUUCUACCGCAUCCUGAUUUUCUACUGCCUCAGCGUGCUGCUCCUCGGCAUGUUGGUCCCGUACAACUCGAAAGAACUGGCGUUCGCGACUAAGGCGUCCAGCUCGGCAUCGGCAUCUCCGUUCGUUGUGGCCAUUCAACUCGCGGGCAUCCAAGCUCUCCCGGGCAUCCUGAAUGGAUGUUUUCUGCUCUUCGUCUUCUCGGCCUCCAAUUCGGACCUAUACAUCGCCAGCCGAACCAUCUACGGCCUGGCCUGCGAGGGCAAGGCGCCCAAGAUCUUCCGCCGCACCGACUCCCGCGGCGUGCCCGUCUACGCACUCGGCAUCUCGGCCGCAUUUGCACUGCUUGCCUUCAUGAACGUCUCGGACGACUCCAAGACGGUGUUUGGCUAUUUCGUCAACCUCGUCACCAUCUUCGGCAUCUUGACCUGGAUUUCCAUUCUGGUCUCGCACAUCUACUUUGUGCGUGCCCGCCGCGCCCAGAACGUGCCGGACACGGCUCUCGCCUACAAGGCCCCGCUCGGCGUCGCCGGUUCCUACGGCGCCGUCGCCCUGUGUAUCCUCAUCGCCCUGACCAAGAACUUCCCCGUCUUCACCCACUCCAAGUCCUGGGGCGACUUUGACUACAAGAACUUUGUCACCGGCUAUCUCGGCAUCCCGCUGUACUUGAUCAUGAUCUUCGGCUAUAAGCUAGCCAUGAAGUCCAAGGCCGUCGCGCCCGAGUCCGCCGACCUGUGGUCCGGCAAGGAUGUCAUCGAUCGCGAAGAAGAGGAGUUCCUGGCCAGGAAACGCGCCAAGGAGCUCGGCCGCGCCAAGGCUGCUCAGAACCGUGGAUGGUUCUACAGGGUUUUUGUGGCUUGGUUGUUCUAG